UCAAGCAAGGCCUGGGAAUAUUCCUGUGAAAACCGCCAGGAGCUGGAAGAUGUGCCGGCCGCGUUGGCGGGGUGGAAGGAUGGCUUUGGGCUGGCUGCUGCGUUCCCUGUGGAUUUUGGGGGUCUGGCUGGCCCCCACGGGAGGGCACAGCCUGUUCUCCUGCGAGCCCAUCAUCCUCAGGAUGUGCCAGGACCUGCCCUACAACACCACCUUCAUGCCCAACCUCCUCAACCACUACGACCAGCAAACAGCAGCUCUGGCAAUGGAGCCCUUCCACCCCAUGGUGAAUCUGGAAUGCUCCCGGGAUUUCCGUCCCUUCCUGUGCGCCCUGUACGCCCCGGUGUGCAUGGAGUACGGGCGGGUGACGCUGCCCUGCCGCCGCCUCUGCCAGCGCGCCCACAGCGAGUGCUCCAAGCUCAUGGAGAUGUUCGGGGUCUCCUGGCCCGAGGAUAUGGAGUGCACCAGGUUCCCAGAUUGCGACGAGCCCUAUCCCCGCCUGGUCGACCUCAACCUGGCCGGCGAGCCCACGGAGGAGGCCCCGAUGGCCGUCCAGCGUGAUUACGGCUUUUGGUGUCCUCGGGAGCUGAAAAUCGACCCAGACCUGGGUUACUCCUUCCUCAGGGUCCGGGACUGCUCCCCUCCUUGCCCCAACAUGUACUUCCGCCGGGAGGAGCUGUCCUUCGCCCGCUACUUCAUCGGCGUCAUCUCCAUCGUCUGCCUCUCGGCCACCUUGUUCACCUUCCUGACCUUCCUCAUCGACGUCACGCGCUUCCGCUACCCGGAGAGGCCCAUCAUCUUCUACGCCGUCUGCUACAUGAUGGUGUCCCUCAUCUUCUUCAUCGGCUUCCUGCUGGAGGACCGGGUGGCCUGCAACGCCUCCAGCCCCUCCCAGUACAAGGCGUCCACGGUGACCCAGGGCUCCCACAACAAGGCCUGCACCAUGCUCUUCAUGGUGCUCUACUUCUUCACCAUGGCCGGCAGCGUCUGGUGGGUCAUCCUCACCAUCACCUGGUUCCUGGCCGCCGUGCCCAAGUGGGGCAGCGAGGCCAUCGAGAAGAAGGCCCUGCUCUUCCACGCCAGCGCCUGGGGCAUCCCGGGCACCCUCACCAUCAUCCUGCUGGCCAUGAACAAAAUCGAGGGCGACAACAUCAGCGGCGUGUGCUUCGUCGGCCUCUACGACGUGGACGCGCUGAGGUACUUCGUGCUGGCGCCCCUCUGCCUCUACGUGGUGGUGGGAGUCUCCCUGCUGCUGGCUGGAAUCAUCUCCCUCAACCGCGUCCGCAUCGAGAUCCCGCUGGAGAAGGAGAACCAGGACAAGCUGGUGAAGUUCAUGAUCCGCAUCGGCGUGUUCAGCGUGCUGUACCUCGUGCCCCUGCUGGUGGUGAUCGGCUGCUACUUCUACGAGCAGGCCUACCGGGGCGUGUGGGAGACCACGUGGAUCCAGGAGCGCUGCCGGGAGUACCACAUCCCCUGUCCCUACCAGGUCACUCAGAUGAGCCGUCCAGAUCUGAUUUUGUUCCUCAUGAAGUACCUGAUGGCCUUGGUGGUCGGGAUCCCCUCGGUGUUCUGGGUGGGAAGCAAGAAGACCUGUUUUGAGUGGGCCAGCUUCUUCCAUGGGCGCAGGAAAAAAGAAGUCGUCAACGAGAGCCGCCAGGUGCUGCAAGAGCCGGACUUUGCCCAGUCGCUGCUGAGGGACCCCAACACCCCCAUCAUCCGCAAGUCCAGGGGCACCUCCACCCAGGGCACCUCCACGCACGCCUCGUCCACCCAGCUGGCCGUGAUGGACGACCAGAGGAGCAAGGCCGGCAGCGUCCACAGCAAAGUCAGCAGCUACCACGGCAGCCUGCACCGCUCGCGGGACGGACGGUACACUCCCUGCAGCUACAGGGGCAUGGAGGAACGACUACCUCACGGCAGCAUGUCCCGGCUGACCGACCACUCCAGGCACAGCAGCUCGCACCGCCUCAACGAGCAGUCACGGCACAGCAGCGUCAGGGACCUCAGCAGCAACCCAAUGACACACAUCACACACGGCACCAGCAUGAACCGGGUCAUUGAGGAGGAUGGCACCAGCGCCUGA